CUAGUUUUUACCUAUAAAAUGCUCAUUUCUCUACCCUUUAAUUCGUAGCAUUUCUAUAAAACGUUGCAACCCUCUGUGACGGUUCGCACUUUGCAAGCUCUAGAAGAUUCGAAAUGGCUCCUCCUCGAGGUCGUGGUGGUGCUGGUGGGGGUUUCAGGGGCAGGGGUGAUAGAGGUAGAGGGAGAGGUGGUGGAGGAAGAGGAGGAGAUAGAGGUACCCCAUUCAAAGCUCGAGGUGGUGGUAGAGGAGGAGGGAGGGGCGCUCCUAGAGGAGGCAGGGGUGGUCGUGGAGGUGGCAGGGGUGGAAUGAAGGGAGGGAGCAGGGUUGUGGUCGAGCCUCAUAGACAUGAAGGUAUCUUCAUUGCCAAGGGUAAAGAAGAUGCCCUUGUUACUAAAAAUCUGGUUCCUGGUGAAGCUGUUUACAAUGAGAAAAGGAUAACUGUGCAGAAUGAGGAAGGUGCAAAAGAUGAGUACAGGAUUUGGAACCCUUUUCGCUCCAAGUUGGCUGCUGCCAUCCUUGGUGGUGUUGAUAAUAUUUGGAUUAAACCUGGAGCCAGAGUCCUUUACCUUGGAGCCGCUUCUGGAACAACUGUCAGUCAUGUGUCUGACAUUGUUGGCCCAACAGGAGUUGUCUAUGCGGUAGAGUUCUCUCAUAGAAGUGGCCGUGACUUGGUUAACAUGGCUAAGAAGCGGACUAAUAUUAUACCCAUUAUUGAAGAUGCUAGACAUCCAGCCAAGUACAGGAUGUUGGUUGGCAUGGUAGAUGUGAUAUUUUCUGAUGUUGCUCAGCCUGAUCAGGCAAGGAUUCUAGGGCUCAAUGCUUCAUAUUAUCUCAAAGAAGGGGGUCAUUUUGUUAUUUCAAUCAAGGCUAACUGCAUAGACUCAACAGUCCCUGCGGAGUCAGUUUUUGCUAGUGAAGUCAACAAGCUGAAGGCAGAUCAAUUUAAACCUGAGGAGCAAGUCACCCUCGAACCAUUUGAGCGUGAUCAUGCUUGUGUAACCGGUGGAUACAGGUUGCCUAAGAAGAAAAAAGUGGCUGAGUAGAUUGCUAUCCAUGAUGGAUGUACUGGUAAUUUCAGCGAUUUAAGAAUCGUUCCAUGCAUUUUGUCUUUUAAAGAAUACUGGAAUUUCGAUUAGUGUUUUGGUAGUAUUUAUUCGUUAGAAGCUUUUGACGGGAAUGUGUUGAUACUUUGUAUCUUAGAUGUAUUACAAGUUGUUACAUUUGCCCCAGUGUAGUGAUGCAAAGCUUUUGACGGGAAUGUGUUAUACGUUGGAGUGUUAAUUUAUCGAUUUUUGG